UAGUAUCACCGGUUAAACAUAAUCAACGAAGUCAUUGCCGGUUAUUACACACAAUUUUUCAUAAUUUUUGUGAAUAUCUAUCAGUGUACUCAGGUAUUGGAAGGUUCUGUUACUAUAAUUAAAAAUGAGUAAAGCACAUCCACCAGAGCUUAAGAAAUAUAUGGAUAAAAGAUUAUCCCUAAAAUUGAAUGGUGGCCGGCGUGUUGUUGGAAUAUUGAGAGGUUUUGAUCCAUUUAUGAACAUGGUCAUAGAUGAAAGUAUAGAAGAAUGCAAGGACGGUACUAAAAACAAUAUAGGAAUGGUGGUAAUUCGUGGCAACAGCGUCAUAAUGUUAGAAGCUUUGGAUCGAAUAUAA